UUUCCAGACUCGGGCGGGCAACGCCGCGCUCGCGCCGCGGUGGUUUGAAAAACUCGUGGGGAGAGGCGGCCUUCGAGGGCCCCCUCAGACACGGCAAAACUAACGCAACACUGGACGCGCCGCUCGAGGGCCACGAGGGGGGCGCAUACAUAGCCCAGGGGGGAGAGCACUGCACCCCAGGGCGCCGACGAUCUCCACGCCCUCGGCGAGGCUCCCCGGCGGGCGCGCAGCAGGCCCCCGCCCCUGGGGCCGCUCGCCCCUGCCGCCGCCUCGGAGCCCCGCCCUGCCCGACCGCUGGCCACCACGGCCCCCGCCGUCCCGGCGCGCAGCGCGGGGCGACGGACUCGGGAGCGGCCAAGAGGGGGGGUGUCCAAGAGGGGGGGGUGCAAAUCAUGACCGGCGGCAUGUCCAGAGCGGCGGAGCGAGGGCGGCAGGCCGCAACCCCUGGAGUCGGCGCUGGCGGGGGCGCUCAGAGGUCCAGGUCGGCCGGCUCCGGCGGCUUGCCGCCCGUCAUCUGUCCUGUGCCCACACCUUGAAGGGGUCGAAGCCCAGGGUGUACUCGAAGCUCCACUCCUUGAACGCAAAGAUGUUGUCGAAGAAGUCGUACGCGGUGAAGUCACCGCCGGUCCUGUCCUG